UCUUAUGCAAAAACAGAUGGCAGUGUUUAUUGUUAAAGAUGAAAAUUAAAAUGGCAGAAACAGUCCCGGCUGCGAUAAUAAGAAGGAAUCGGCCUGGAAUUAAAGCUCAGGAUUGGGGUAACUGGCAAGAUGAAUCAUUUGAAGAAAUGGAUAGCACCUUAGCUGUUCAACAGUUCAUUCAGCAGGCUAUUCGAAAAGACUUUACUAAUAUAGAAGAAAUUUUAACACCUCCAGAGGGUCAGGAUGAAGGAGUAUGGAAAUAUGAACAUCUAAGACAAUUUUGUAUGGAAUUAAAUGGUUUAGCAGUUAGAUUACAGUGUUCUGAAUGUAACCCUGAAACAUGUACACAAAUGACAGCUACAGAACAAUGGAUAUUCCUUUGUGCUGCUCACAAGACACCUAAAGAGUGUCCAGCUAUAGAUUAUACACGUCAUACGUUAGAUGGAGCUGCAUGUUUAUUAAACAGUAAUAAAUAUUUCCCUAGCAGAGUUAGUAUAAAAGAAUCAUCAGUAGCUAAAUUAGGAUCUGUAUGUCGACGAGUAUAUAGGAUUUUCUCACAUGCUUAUUUCCACCAUAGAGCUUUAUUUGAUGAAUAUGAGAAUGAAACUUAUUUAUGUAAAAGAUUUACAUCUUUUGUAACCAAGUACAAUCUAAUGUCUAAAGAUAACUUGAUAGUGCCAAUAUUAGAGGACCAACAAUCUAUAGAAGGCGAGAGUGAAGCUUGAGAGAAAAACAGAACAAUUUGUAUUUUAAGAAUAUGAAAGCAAGGAACAGUUAGAUAUAUAAGGUUCCCCUGUUUAACAUAGCCUGUAUUCGAAACUAAUGUUAGCAUGACAGAGCAGAUAUAUUCCCAGUCGACCAAUAGCAACAAUGGAAUAUGAUCACAAAAUGGCAGUAACAGACAAUUUGUUCUUUGUUGUUAUAAAUGAAGAGAACAAUGUUCUGGAUGAUCUUAACUACAAUUUUUGGUUCCAGAACAUCCAGGUUACUUAGAACAUAGUUUCGAAUAUGGCCAUAGCAUACAGUACGGCCAUGUUCAGCAUUUCUCUUGACCACAGUGGUCAUCAGCGAAUUUUGGCGGAUAGACCUUUCUUGCUUCGAUAUGCGUAUUUAUUGCCGAGCUUCCGGUGAUGAUCUGGUGAUCAUGCCUAGAAUAUGUGGUGUGUAGUGUAGAACGUGGCCAUACUCUUCAAAUUUUAAUCCAACAGAUUAGAAAGAAACAACUAAUAAAGUCUUACAUGUAUAUCCCUUUAUUGUUCUAAUUAUAAUAUUAUUUGUAUUAUUAUUUAUAAAUGUAGUCUUAUUAUUUAUGUACUCAUUAAUUCUGUGCAAUCUUGCAACGACAAAAGUUUGAGUGUUUAAAUCAAAAUAUUUGUGCUAGACCCCCUAGACUUUUCAAUCCUUCAUUUUAAAAGAUUAUAUUUUUUCAUCACAUUUCAACAAUGAUGGUUUUAAAACAUUUGAUCUCAAGUUACGGGUCGGAGGGCUAAUUUACUUUGAUUCAAUUCUUCAUCCCAAUUCAGUCCUCUCAAUCUCCUGAACAGUGAAUAUGGAGUAAACACAAGUUGAAUAAGAAAAUCAUUACAAUUAAGAAACAUACUUCUUAUUUGAUUAAGACACAAUUCUACUCCUGCCUCAUCUGUUAUCAGGACAGACAGACUUUGAGUAUAUCUUAAUUGCAGAUCUCUUGAGCAUCUCGAUAUCAUAAAAUAAAUUAUUUUGUCUUAAUAAUGGCCUUACACACAAUAUCCAUCUUGAUAAUAUCCAUCUUGAUAAUAUCAUGGUGUUAUGAUAUACAUCUGAUAACUUGAUUGUAUUAUUGCAUUAGUCACCUUUUUUUAUAUUACAGAAGUAACCUGAUGAUCAACUUCUUAACCCUUUAGCACUUGGACCGCCCCUCCCCAUACUGCCUCAAAUCAUGCGAGUCACAAGAAUAUCUGUGGACUAUUUACUAGUUCUGUGACUCAGGCGGUUUGAGGUGGGUUUAGGUAGCAGUAGUUUUGAAAAUGAGCCACAAAACUCAAGGUAUUCAUUAUUUAUAUGUGUCCAGUAAUAAAGGGUUAAUGACACACAAAGCUCAAUAAUUGAAUGCACCACGUUACAGUUAUCAGUAGAAAUCUGUGCAUAUCUCUCAGAUCUAUAGCUACUGACCCAAUAUCUAUAUAUCUGUGUAUACAGACAUGUUAGUAUAUUGACCCAAUCUAGAAUCUGUGAAACAUAUACUUUUGACCCAAUGUAUAACUAAUGUAGUGAUGAUAUCAGAGGUAUGUCAUAAUGACUUGAUAUUAUGGAGAUAUUCAAAAUCAUGAACUAUAGUAUAAAGAUUUUUUAAAAAUGAUAUACUCGACUUACAUUAAAUGAAUACAUGUAUUUGCAAUUAACUAUUGCAGAUUACUAGUUUUGUUAUUAAUAAAAACAAACAUCCCCA